AUGAAGGCCUUCACUCUCCUGACCCUUGUCGGCGCCGCCGCCGCCGACCUCGUCCAGACCGGCGCGUCUCUGCGACUCAACGACGUGUACUACUUCGUCUCCCCCUUCUCCCAAGGCAAACCCUCCAACGGCUCCCUCAACAUCAAAUCCCUACCGCGCGCCUUUGGCUUCACCCCCGUCACCGUCGUCUCCGACCCCGUCCCCAAAGACAGCCUCGCGGCCCUCUUCUCCAACUGGACCGCCAAAGACGACCAACAAGACGCAGUCCAUCGUCGUGCCCCUCUCGGGGGAGGCGGCAUCCCUUCCGGCCCAUACUUCCUAGACACCUACACCGGCGACGUCUACCAAGCCUUCCGUCUGUACGAUGACUUCGCCGGCGCCUUCACCGAGUCCCUCCUGCAAACGCCCCAGGGCACCUUCCAGACCCUCUCGGCGCAGGUCCCCUCCUCCGCAUCCCUGACCAUCGGCGUCCCCUCUCGUCUCUACUUCACACCCACCGCCGAGAAGCCCCUGGCUGGCGUCCGCGUCGGUGUCAAGGACAUCUACGCCCUCGCCGGCGUGCGCCGCUCCAACGGCAACAGGGCCUGGUACUCCCUCUACCCGCCCGCGGAGACCACCGGCCCCGCGAUCCAGAACCUCAUCGACGCGGGUGCCAUCAUUGUUGGAUCCCAGAAGCCGUCCCAGUUCGCCAACGGCGAGACGGCGACGGCCGACUGGGUCGACUACCACGCGCCCUUCAACCCGCGCGGCGACGGGUACAACGACCCGUCGUCCUCGUCUUCCGGCGCGGGCGCGUCGAUCGCGUCGUAUGCGUGGCUCGAUAUCGCCGUCGGGAGCGACACGGGUGGUUCCAUCCGCGGGCCGUCCAACGUGCAGGGGCUGUUUGGCAACCGUCCCUCGCAUGGCCUCGUCAGCCUGGACGAAGUCAUGCCUCUGUCUCCGACGCUUGACACUGCGGGAUUCCUGACAAAGGACCCGUAUCUGUGGGACGAGGCGAACAAGGCGCUGUACAAGGACAACUACACAUCGCUUGUGGGUGGGGAGGUCAAGUACCCCAAGACGCUGUACACGCUCGGCUUCCCAACGGGUGACCAGAGCGACGCGCCCGCCGCGCAGAUUCUGAACAAGUUCGCGAGCGACCUUGCGACGUUCAUCGGGACGAAUCUUACAGUGUUCAACCUGACCUCGUCUUGGGCCGGCUCUGCUCCAGCGGAGGUCAGGAACCAGACCCUGGCAGACGUGAUGGGCACCACGUACGCGACGCUCAUCACCAAGGAGCAGACGGCCCUCGUCCGCGACCCCUUUUACGCCGACUACGCCGCCGCCCACGACGGCCGCCUCCCUGCCGUGAACCCCGUCCCGCUCGCCCGCUGGUCCUGGGGCGACAACCAGCCCGCCACGGCCCUUGCGGACGCAAAGGCCAACAAGACGCUCUUCGCGGAGUGGUUCAACACUCAGGUCCUCGCGCCCGUCGCCGACCCGUCCACGUGCUCCUCUGGCUUCCUGCUGUACAUCGGCAGUGCCGGCAUCGCGGACCCGCGCAACCAGUACCCCUCUGCGCCGGGCACGCCGCCUCUGGGCUUCUCCAACGGGCGGCUGAGCGUAUACAGCGGCGCGCCGGAUCAUGUGUUCCCGCUGGGCGAGGUCGGCAGCAUGAGCUCCGUCACGAACCAUACCGAAAUGCUGCCAGUGACUGUGGACAUUAUGGCGGCAAGGGGGUGCGACGGGCUUAUUGUGAGGUUGGCGCAGGACUUGGUUAAGGCCGGGUUAUUGACAGCUCCCAAGGCAGGGGGCACGCUUGCUGGCGGGGAGGUUCUUCUGAGGAGGGACGUGCAUGAGUGGUUUUGA